AUGCCUAUGAGGGUAAUCUGGGAGGAGAUGAUGAAGAGAGGUAUGUUGACUUCUAAAAAUGCGUGGGACUACGGUGAGUUCCGUGAAGAUUGCGAGGAAUUCAAGGCCUUGGUGCAAGGCUUUAUAGACAACAAAGAGCUACAGGUUUAUGAAGGUAGCUCUAGUGAAAAGCAAGUAUGUGUGCUGGAAAAUGAACAGCAAAGAACCAAUAGACCAAGGAUUAUUAUCUCCCUGCCAGGGAAUAAUGAAAUGGGGACACCAGCAGCGCCUAAGGUUAUUAUCCAUACACCUACUCCUUUCCCUUACAAGGAUAGCAAGAAAGUACCAUGGAGUUAUGACUAUAGCGUGACGGUGCCAGGAGAAGGAAACAUAGCCAGUGCAUCUAAAGAUGUACGAGAUGAAGGUUCCCAUACGCAAAGUGGGAGGCGUUAUGAUAUGGGGGACGUCAGAGUAGAGCCCACAAAACCCAAGAAUGUUGAAAUUAAGAAAAAUAGUAAAGUACCUGUUAACGAGCCCUUGCGUAAACAACCAGCACGCAUAUCGGUUUUAGCCUUACUGCUAAGCUCUGAAAUGCAUCGAGAAGCGUUGUUAAAAGUACUCAACGAGACAUAUGUCACUCAUGAUAUAUCUGUUAAUAAGUUGGACCAGUUGAUAAAUAACAUUAAUGCCGAUAAUUUCAUCUACUUUAAUAAUGAUGAAAUUCCACCUGGAGGCAUAGGGUCAACUAAGGCUUUGCACAUCACCACUCGUUGUAAAGGAUACACGCUUCCAAGUGUACUCGUUGAUAAUGGGUCCGCUUUGAACGUCCUUCCAUUAUCUACAUUGAAUAGAUUGCCCAUCGACAGUUCGCACAUGAAGACGUGUCAUAAUGUGGUAAGAGCCUUUGACGGAACUGAAAGGAAAGUAAUAGGGAGGAUUGACAUCCCUCUAGAAAUUGGACCAAAUACAUACGAAGUUGACUUUCUGUUGGUGACAGACGGACGCUUGAUAACCAUCAAUGCAGAAGAGGACAUCAUAGCAUCUGUUACCAGUAAAGCCCCUUAUGUGGAGACAAAUGAGGAGGCUAUCGAGUGUUCUUUUCAUUCCUUGGAAAUUGUUAAUGCCACUUUUAUUUCGGAGGGAAGCGAGGUGCCGCUUCUCAAAAUAUCUAGAGCAACAAGGAUGGCCUCACAAAUAAUGAUGGGGAAAAGAACAUUGCCAGGAAAAGGACUAGAGUUGCAAGGAGGGAUUCAAGUCCCAAAAUUGAUAAAAAAGAAGGAUCGUUUUGGUUUGGGUUUUAAGCCAGACUAUAAACAAAAGAGACAGGAGAUGGAAAAGUGUCAAGCGAGAAGGAAGGCGCGUUUGAACGGAGGAGAGGUGGACUGGGAACUGAUGAUAUUUCCACCUAUAUCCAAAACCUUUAAGUCUGGAGGGUUGCUGGUAGAAGGGAGCCAUCAGAUCAAUGUUGUACAUAGUGAGUGGUUUGGACAAGAAAACGUCGAGGGUAUUCGCCCUUACGAACCGGGGAGCUCUUUAAACAAUUGGACUACGGAGGAUUCACCUAACUUCUCUUGGGGCAACUCCGUUCUCGUUGGUUUACGGAUGGAAGCGGUUUACCUAUUGAAGUGGAAAUACCUUCUCUCGAAUUUUAACAGAGAUAAAGUUGGAUGA